UAUGCAUUAGUCUAGGUGCUCUGAACUCAGCCUCGUCUGCUUAUCGCUCAGACUUCUUCCUCCACUACCCAAAUGAAUCUCCUCCCACUGAAGACUGGUUGGAGUAGAAAAAAAUCAACCCCAUCAUGUCUUCGGCCACCAACACCAUCCACACCCAAGGCGGCGCAGUGAUCAGCGGCACCCUCACAGCUAGUCGCGACAUAAACAUAAACCACAUCACAACCAUCCGACCGCUAGCACGCGCCCUCCAUCAUUCCUUCUUUACCUCCGACCUAUUCAAACAAGUCCAAAACGAGCUCGCUCUCCUUCUCGUAGCCCUCGACACCACCAAGGAGAACCUGGAAGGCACCAACUCGAGCGAUACGCUCCUUUCGGAACUCGACAGAGAGCUACAGAACUGUCACUGGACACUACUAGAUCUACAAGCCUUCAAGGAGCAUUUUGAAAACGUCGGGCCAGACACCCAGGUCACCUGGGAACGGGUGGGAUGGAGAACGGAGGAUUUGGGGGAGAUUCGGGCGAGGCUGUCGUCGUACACGGGUAUACUGAACUUUCUGAGUAUUAACAUGAUCAAAUCCUCGCAAGCACAUGUCGAGCAGUUGUUGAGGGUAUUCAUCGACGAAAUCCAUUCCGGUAGACGUGAAGGAUCAGUCGUUUCAAAUGACUCGCUCUCAAUGAAUGGAAGGGAAGCCUGGCGGCAACUGCGCAAAGAGCUGGAAAGCGUGGGAAUUAGCCACGAAGCUUUAACUCAAAAUCGGUAUUUUAUCUUGUCAACGCUCAAGAAAGCUAUCUCUCAGGAAGGCCUUGGAGAAGAUAUCAAUAUCGACAUUCAGGAUAUGGAUGAUUUAGAUGAAACAAAAGAUGGGUUCCAGGUAUUUGCUCCCGCAAAUGCGUUGCGCAUCUAGUUAACCAAUAUCGCAGAAAGCUGCCCCUCGGCCACGAAGGACAGGCAAUGGAAGACCUAAUUCCAUAUUACCAGCAUGGAUAACAAACCCCACUCGAAUUGCCAAUACGCUGUAUCAAAGAACCGGCACAAAAUCCAGCAACGCAAGCAAGAACACCCCGCCGAUUCAUCCAUCACAAAGCGUGCGAUCAAUCUCUAGUGCAAGCUCUAAUACCUUUAUGGAGA